AUGCCUUCGGAUAUCAGGAGUUUCUUUGGUGGCGGCGGCGUGUCCAGUCAAGAAAAACCAAUGCCAAAGAGGGAGGAGAAGGCCAAGGGGCGGCCAAAGAGAAAAGUCCUCAGCGAUAGCGAUGACGAUGUUCAAGUACAACCCUCUAAGAAAGCAACCCCCAAGAAGGUGCCGCCCAAAAAAGCGGUAAAGCAAGAAUCUCCCAAGGGAGAAACUACAACAACUUCAGACUACUUUGCUGCUAGUGGCAAGUCCAAGCCGACUCGGUCCACGCCUUCACGACCAAAGGCUCAGCCAGUUACACAACCAGCAAAAGAAGUCAACGGAAGUUUUACAAAGCCUACGCCGAAAAGCAAAUCAAAAGCAGGAGCCGGCGAUUCUGUCAAUGGCAAGGUUUCGUCCAGAAAUAAAGGCCGACCGCAAUACAAAGAGAUCAAUGAUGAGGAUAUGAGUGAGGAUGAUGACUUCAAGCUCAAGAUUCUCGACGAUGCAGACGGGUCUGGCGAGGACAUGUUCAAGGCAGAUUAUAAGCCGGGCCGUAGAGGAGGCAAAGAUGCGUACGAGAGUGACGAUGAUGAGAAAGAGAUAUUUAAACCAUCAAGUACAAAGCCUGGAAGCGCAUCAAAAGCCGCAGUGUCGAAGCAGACUAGCGCAAUUGAUGACGAUGAUGCGAAAAAAGCUAAGCUUGGGAAGGGGCGGAAAAGAAAAUCUGCGGAUCUCGAAGAUAAUGAAAAUACGGAAGUCGUUGAACCCUCACUAAAGAAGGCGAAAGCCUCAAAGGCGAAGUCUCCUGCAAAGUCUCCUGCAAAGAAAGCCACACCAAAGAAGAAGAAAGAGGAAGAAGCAGCCCAAAGAACUGCUGUUGAUGACAUAUUUGACAAUAUUCCCACUGUUAGAGCACCGACGCCUCCACCGCGAGAUGACUCAAAGAAGUUUGAUUGGAGGACUGCUCAGGCCCGCCCAGAGCCUGCACCUUCUGGCGCCCCAGCAGCCCUGCCAGAAGGCGCAGAAAACUGCCUAGCCGGUCUCAUUUUUGUGUUUACUGGUUUGCUAGACACUUUAGAUAGGAAUGCUGGCCAAGAGCUUGUGAAGCGAUAUGGUGGGAAAGUGACUACUGGACCAAGCAAAAAGACCAGCUUUGUUGUUUUGGGGACCGAUGCAGGACCUAAAAAACUGGAGACGAUCAAGCAACACGGUCUGCGAACUAUUGAUGAGAAUGGUCUCUUCGAGCUGAUCCGAAAGCUACCUGCUAAUGGUGGAGACAGUAAGGCGGCUGAACAAUUCGAAGCUAAAAAGAAGAAAGAAGAGGAGUCAGUUGAGAAAGCCGCAAAGGAAAUGGUUCAGCAAGAGCGAGAAGAAGCUAAGAAGGCUGCUAAAGCAAGUAACAGUACCAAGCCUACAUCAAAUGGUGGUGUCUCGGCUUCUUCAAAGACCGAUAAUCAGCUAUGGACAGUAAAGUACGCCCCGAGCGCAACCAACAUGGUGUGCGGCAACAAAGGUCAGGUCGAGAAACUUCAGAAUUGGCUGAGAUCAUGGCCAAUGAAUCUGAAGACCAGCUUUAGGAAGCCAGGAAAAGACGGCUUCGGCAUCUUUCGUGCCAUGAUCUUACAUGGGCCACCUGGUAUUGGCAAGACAACUGCUGCUCAUUUAGCUGCUAAACUUGAGGGUUAUGACAUAGUAGAAAGUAACGCGAGUGACACUCGCAGCAAGUCACUAGUGGAGAGUGGUCUGAAAGGUGUCCUUGAUACGACAUCUCUGAUGGGCUACUUUGCUGGAGACGGAAAACAAGUUGAGCAAGGCAAGAAAAAGCUGGUCUUGAUUAUGGAUGAAGUCGACGGAAUGUCCGCUGGCGACCGUGGUGGCGUAGGGGCAAUGGCAGCAACUUGUAAAAAGGCUCACAUUCCAAUAAUACUAAUCUGCAAUGACCGAAAGCUUCCUAAGAUGAGGCCGUUUGACAGUGUGGCUUACGAUCUACCGUUUCGUAGGCCAACAGUGGACCAAGUACGGCAACGUAUGAUGACUAUCUGCUUCAGAGAGCAUAUCAAUGUGCCUCCAUCGGUCAUCAACGCCUUGAUUGAAGGUAGUAAUGCGGAUAUACGCCAAGUCAUCAACAUGCUUUCAACAGCAAAGAUCGAUCAGGAGGCGAUGGACUUUGAUAAGGGAAAGAAGAUGUCCAAAUCAUGGGAGAAGAACAUUAUACUCAAGCCCUGGGACAUCGUUAGUAAAAUUCUCGGCGGAGGCAUGUUCGCUUCAAGCAGCAAAGCUACUCUGAACGACAAGAUAGAACUUUACUUCAACGAUCAUGAGUUCAGCUCGCUCAUGUUACAAGAAAAUUAUCUAGGGACGAGACCAUUGGCUGCGGGCCAAUAUUCUGGACGGGAACAUAAUCUCAAAUGGCUUGAGCUUGCGGAGAAGGCUGCUUCCAGCAUCAGUGACGGAGACCUUGUCGAUCGAAUGAUUCACGGGUCUCAGCAACAGUGGUCUCUCAUGCCUACUCAUGCAGUAUUUGGCUUUGUGCGGCCUGCCAGCUUUGUUGCUGGCUCGCAAGCGGGCAGCCAAACUCGGUUCACCACAUGGCUCGGUCAAAAUAGCAAAUUUGGAAAGCUUUCGCGCUUCAUCAAGGAGAUACAAGGCCAUAUGCGCCUCCGUAGCUCUGGUGAUCGUCAUGAGAUCCGUCAACAAUACUUCUCACUUUUAUGGUACCGGUUAAUCAAAGAACUCGAAAGACACGGCGAAGAGGCCGUUAACCCGAUCAUCGAUCUUAUGGAUUCAUACUUUUUGACCAAAGACGAUAGGGACGCAAUGAUGGAACUUGGGGUAGGACCCAUGGACCAAGAAUUGAUUAAAAUUGAAACCCAAGCCAAGAGCGCAUUCACUCGUUCAUACAACGCGCGGACUCAUCCCCUGCCUUACAUGAAAGCCAGCCAGGUUGUCGCGCCGAAGAAGAAGGAUAAGGAGCGACCUGAUCUGGAGGAGGCUAUGGACGAGAGCGACAGUGGGGUCGAAAGUGGAGCCGAUAAGCCCGUGGGAAGUGAUGACGAGCCGCUGGAUUUAAAGAAAGACAAGUAUGUCAAAGCCCCAACAAAGAGGAAAGGCAAAAAGGCAGCUCCUGCGGGCGGCGAGAAGGGAAAGGGGAAGGGAAAAGGGAAGCAGGUCAAAGAGGAGGAGGAGGAUGAGGUGGAUGUCAUCGUAGACGAGGAUUCUGAUGUAAAACCGAAGAAGGGACGAGGGAAGGGUGGAACCGGGAAAGGAAAGCAGUUGAAGAAGUGA